AUGGAGAAGCUCAGCAAUACCAUUGAUGGCUUCGUUGGUUCACACACAGGAUGGCUCGUCAGUGGGCUAUUGGUUCUUGUCAUCGUGCGAAGUAUCGCUAAAUCGAUUGACGAGGAAAGGAGGAUCACGCGUCAUGGAGGGCACGCGUCGAAGUUCAAGUCAUACGCACCGUCUGGUGUACUGUCUGGCUUGCAUUUUUUGUGGUCGAUCACCACUCACGCCUUGCAGGACCAAAACCUCAAGUUCAUGCACAAUGCGUUGGUUCGAUCAGGCCAAGGCAAGACGAAUCCAUAUACAUUUGAGGUCUCCUUGAUGGGCUCACGCACAAUCUUCACUGCCGACCCCGAGAACAUUCGAGCCAUGCUUGCAACUCAGUUCAACGACUUUGGAAAAGGCCAACGAUUUAGAAGGGACUGGUUCGAACUCAUGGGAAACAGCAUCUUCAAUAUUGACGGCGAUGCAUGUCAUACUUCUCGCCAGCGACUUCGGUCUCUCUUCACCCGCCAGCGGGUCAGUGACCUCGUCUGUUUUGAGCGCCAUAUUCAGGCCAUGCUUCCGACGUUAGCUGGCGGUCACGCUGUGGACAUGAAGGACAUCUUGAGUAGGUUCGCGCUGGAUGUCUCAGCAGACUUUUCCCUUGGAAGACAGGUGGAUUCCCUGACAAGCAAACAAGACGACGCCGUUUUCGAAGCAUUUGAGCGUAUUCGCCACACUCAGUCCUUGAUUGAGCGGCUAGGACCCUUGAAUUUUCUUGUUCCGCGCCACAAAUUCCGUCAAGACCUAGCGGCCUUGAAUAGCUUCAUGGAGCCCAGCAUUGAGAAGGCAGUCUCAAUACGGACCAUGGAUGAACACUUCUCCAACGCAUGCGCUGGCGUCUCGUGGGACGUUCGGUAUCUACGUGACGAGAUGGUGUCGCUCGCAAAAAAUACUGACGUCCUGGCUGAACUUCGACGGGGGAUUGAGAACACAUUGGGCGUUGGUGCUGGAGCUCGAUUACCGACGUACAACGACCUCAAGAGCGGACCAGAUGGAAAUGACCCCGUAGGACUCCCAGCGGGUACCCAGGUUAUCUAUUCUACACAUAUUCUUCAAUUGCGAGAUGAUCUCAACUCGUACGAGUACCCACUGCAAGCCUUCAAUCCUCGUCGAUGGGAAUCUUGGACACCUCGCCCCUGGACGUAUAUCCCGUUCAAUGGGGGCCCGCGGAUAUGCAUAGGGCAGCAGCUGGCCUUGACGGAGAUGGCUUACGUCCUGGUUCGUGUAUUUCAGCGUUACAAGAGCGUUGAAGUCAGACCGGAAUUUCUGCCGACAGAAACGCAGUCAAAGGAAAGGGGAUGGCUGAGAAGAGGCACAGAGGCCGACUCGGUGGAGGAGUUUGUGAGGUCGAGGCCACGGAUGGCUAGUGAGAUUACACUUGCUCCUCGAGGAAGUGUAGACCUGGUAUUUAUUGAGUAA